UUCAGGACAUACCAGGAGUGAGACUGCCUGCCUCCAAAGGCACACAUUGCCCACCACCCCAUCUCUGACCAUGAGGCCACCCUGAGGUGCUGGGCCCUGGGCUUCUACCCUGCGGACAUCACGCUGACCUGGCAGCGGGACGGGGAGGAACAGACCCAGGACACAGAGCUUGUGGAGACCAGGCCUGCAGGGGAUGGAAACUUCCAGAAGUGGGCUGCUGUGGUGGUGCCUUCUGGAGAGGAACAGAGAUACACGUGCCAUGUGCAGCACGAGGGGCUGCCCCAGCCCCUCACCCUGAGAUGGGAGCAGUCUCCCCAGCCCACCAUCCCCAUCGUGGGCAUCGUUGCUGGCCUUGUUGUCCUUGGAGCUGUGGUCACUGGAGCUGUGGUCGCUGCUGUGAUGUGGAGGAAGAAGAGCUCAGAUAGAAACAGAGGGAGCUACUCUCAGGCUGCAGUGUGAGACAGCUUCCUUGUGUGGGACUGAGAAGCAAGAUAUCAAUGUAGCAGAAUU